AUAAUUUUAUUAGAGCUGUAAAUGCUGGCAAAAAGAGUUGUCCUGAUAUUACAGCCCUUCCAAAUUAAUUUCUUAUACCAGUGUCGCUUUCUACUGGUUUAAUUAAUGGUUACCAGGCCUUCUGAAGUGUGGUUCUGCAUCCCUCGUCGGCAGGAAGGACUUUGUACUUUUAGUACUUCCGUAUAAAGCUGGGACAAAACUUACCUGAAACCUAAGACGGCUUCAUUGGACUGGAAGAAACCUGUACACUGAAUGGAGCUGAAGGGCCUCAGAUGAAAGAACAUGAACAUUUCUGAAGGUGUGAGAUGUGUCUGACGGUGACCUCCUAACCUUGGAAAUAAAGAAGAGUUUUCCUACAGGAGCUUAGGAUAUCUUUGCUCCAGCUUCUUAACUACACUAACUGGAAUGGUGUUCUGACAACGAUUCUGUGAAGUACUUACCCUACAGUAUUACUUUCCCUGCUGAUAAUGCAGCUCCAUGGAGGACAGUAACACUUGGAUAAGCAUGCGCGAGGAUCGCUCCUUCCACGUACGGUACAGGAUGGAGGCUUCCUGCCUGGAGCUGGCUCUGGAAGGGGAGCGCCUGUGCAAAGCAGGAGACUGCCGGGCUGGGGUGUCUUUCUUUGAAGCCGCUGUCCAGGUUGGGACCGAAGAUUUACGUACCCUGAGUGCUAUUUACAGCCAGCUGGGCAAUGCCUAUUUCUACCUGCAUGAAUAUGCAAAGGCCUUGGAAUACCACCACCAUGAUUUAACUCUUGCAAGGACAAUUGGAGAUCUGCUGGGAGAAGCUAAAGCUAGUGGGAAUCUGGGCAACACCUUAAAGGUACUUGGGAAUUUUGAAGAAGCUAUCGUUUGCUGUCAGAGACAUCUGGAUAUCUCCAGAGAACUUAAUGAUAAGGUUGGAGAAGCAAGAGCACUGUAUAAUCUGGGAAAUGUGUAUCACUCUAAGGGGAAAAACGUAGCUAAUGCAGGGACCCACGAUCCAGGGGACCUUCCAGAUGAUGUGAAAAAUGCUUUGCAAAAAGCAGCAAAUUACUAUGAGGAAAACCUGACAAUAGUAACAGAGCUGGGUGACAGAGCAGCACAAGGACGUGCCUUUGGAAAUCUGGGAAACACACACUAUCUUCUGGGCAACUUCAGGAGUGCAGUUUUAGCCCAUGAACAGCGUCUCCUAAUUGCAAAAGAAUUUGGUGAUAGAUCAGCGGAAAGAAGAGCGUACAGCAACCUUGGAAACGCCUACAUCUUCCUGGGUGAAUUUGAAACCGCUUCAGAAUACUACAAGAGGACACUCCAGCUGGCUCGGCAGCUGAAGGACAGAGCUGUGGAAGCGCAGGCCUGCUACAGCCUGGGGAACACCUACACCCUGCUCCAGGACUACGAGAAGGCCAUCGAUUAUCACCUGAAACACCUCGUGAUUGCUCAGGAAUUAAACGAUAAAAUUGGGGAAGGAAGAGCGUGCUGGAGUUUAGGGAACGCAUACACUGCUCUGGGAAACCAUGACCAAGCCAUCCAUUUUGCAGAAAGGCACCUGGAGAUUUCAAGAGAGGUAGGAGACAGAAAUGGAGAACUCACAGCCAGACUUAAUCUCUCAGAUCUUCAGAUGGCUCUUGGAUUAAGCUACAGUACAAACAACUCCAUGAUGUCGGAGAGCCACGUGGGAGAGAACAGUUUCAAUGGUACCAGACCGAGAGUAGGACGCCGUCACAGCAUGGAGAACAUGGAACUGAUGAAAUUAACCCCAGAAAAGGUUCAGAACUGGAACAGUGAGAUUCUUGCUAAACAGAAACCACUGGUUGCCAAACCUUCAGCAAAACUGCAUUUUGUAAAUCGACUAAAAGGCAAAAAGUACAAAACCAGCACCACUUCCAAAGUUUUGCAGGAUGCCAGUAAUUCUAUUGAUCAUCGACUUCCCAACUCCCAGAGGAAAAGCAGUCGAGAGACCAUGGCAGAUGAAGGGUUCUUUGAUCUGCUGAGUCGAUUCCAGAGUAACAGAAUGGACGACCAGAGGUGCUGCUUCCAGGAGAAGAACAGACUCCCAGCUGCUUCAGUGGCAAAAUCCUCUACUCCACCUAAAACAAUGCGAAAAUCCUUUUCCACUUCUGUGGUGUCCCCACGCACAGAUGAGUUCCUGGACCUGCUGGCGAGCUCGCAGAGCCGCCGCCUGGACGACCAGCGCGCCAGCCUGAGCAACCUGCCCGGGCUGCGCCUCCCCCAGCGCGACAGGCAGGCCGUGCUGGGGCACCUCGUGGGCAGCAGCAGCAGCAACAACAGGGAGCUGGACGACGACUUCUUUGAUAUACUGAUAAAAUGCCAGGGUUCCAGACUGGAUGAUCAAAGAUGUGCUCCUCCAGCAUCUGCAAAAGGAUCCACUGUACCAGAUGAGGAUUUUUUCAGCCUCAUUCUACGAUCACAAGCUAAGAGAAUGGAUGAACAGAGAGUCCAUUUACCCUCAGCUAUAAAGGCACCAAAUUCUAGCUGAAGACACACACUGAGGAAUGUACUGUACAGCAGCAUCUUAGGUAUCAUUUUUGUUUGCUGGAAAAGCAUACUUGCCUUUUUAAAGAUGACUGCAGUGAGUAGUUUUGUCUCCUUUCUAAUGAUUUUCCAUAGAAAUAGCAGCAGCAUCAACGUGUGACCAGUAGUUAUAAAGUUGCCCCUGCUCAUGGCAGCUGCUUUUAUAGCAGUGUCUGAGAUGCCACCACCGUCUCUCCCUCUUAACUGUCUCUAGCCUAUCAACAUUAAUAAUGUUUUUUUCUCUGUCAAAGUUUAUCAGUGCUCAUAUGUGGAUUCCACUACUGUCUCAAUCUAGUGUAAGACCUAAAUUUUUUAUGUUGUUUUUAAAGAAAAGUUGAUUUUUCCCCCCUGCUUUGUACCUCCUGAAAAAAAGGUCCCAUUUUCUUUUAUACUUUUUUUAAAAAAUAAAAAAUCGAGAAAUAGC